AUGGAGAGAGCGGCAGUGUCCAUCGUGGGCAAGAUCGGGCAGGUGCUGGUGGACGAGCUCCAGGACAUCAGCGGCGUCGGCGAUAAAGUCGUCCACCUACGGGACGAGCUGGCGACCAUGAACGCUGCCCUCCGCAUCAUCUCCGAGGCAGAGCAGGGCUCCGUCGACCACCUCGUCCGGGAGUGGGAGAAGCAGGUGCUAGACCUCGCCUGCGACGCCGAGGACUGCACCGACACCUACUUGCUCCGCAUCGUCCGUCCGACUCCACGCCCGCCAAAUGGCUUCACCGGCAGUCAGCUCAUCUUCUCCUGGGCCGGAUAUCUGCUUGCCCGCGCCAAGCGCAUUGCCAGGUACCCGUACGACAAGUUUGUGCUGCAGCGCGCCCUCGCGGGUGACAUCAAGGACCUCCUGGCUCGUACCACCAUCGUCAGCGAACGGCGCGUUCGCUACGGCAUCGACCGGGCGGCACUACCGAGAGCUGCCUGCUUUGCACCUGUCUCGGCGGCGGCUGUCUCCGCGAAUGCUCUCCGCCGUGCCGACGACCCUAAUCAGUUUGUCGGCAUUGCGGAACAGGCCAACAACCUGACCAGGAAGAUCAAGGCGUCGGAGGGUCUCAAUGUGCUCUCCAUUGUGGGAUUUGGAGGGCUGGGGAAGACAACCCUGGCCAUGGAGUUGUGUCGGCAGCUGGAUGCGGACUUCCCCCGCCAAGCGGUGGUGUCUGUUUCACAAGCAUUCGAUGGCGAGAAGGACAUGAAGCGACUGCUACUACAAGUGCUCCAGCAGAUCCUCAAGGAGACACAGAAUGAUAAGCAAAAGGAGGAGCACCUGACGGAAGCAGAGUUCACGGAGGAUGCCAUGGAUGCAAGAAGCCAUGCCAACCCACUUCAAAUCACCGACAUGGAAGUGCAAGACUUGUCCAUCAAGAUUAAGGAGCUCCUCAGUUGCAAUAGGGAUCUGCUUCUCCAUGAGCUAGUAAAUCUACUAGUUUUCUCCAUGUUAGCAGCUAUUUCCAGGUGUCUUAUUGUGGUCGAUGAUGUAUGGAGCCUGCCAACCUGGGAAGCUAUCCGCAUCAGAUUGCUAGAAAAAAAUUGUGGCAGCAGAAUCAUUGUGACAACUCGAAUAGAAGCGGUGGCCAAGGCAGCUAGUGUCUCAGACGAAUUUGUCCAUCAUAUGAAGCCCCUGGAAUUAAAGGCUAGUGAGGAAUUGUUCGUGAAGAGAGUAUUUGGCUCCAUGGUUGCUUGCCCCGGUGGACUGAAAAAAGAAAUGAACACGAUUUUGAAAAAAUGUGGUGGGUUGCCGUUGGCGAUCAUUAGCAUCGCCAGCCUUCUGGCAAGCUAUAGGUCAGCUGAGGGCAUAGAGAUGUGGGAAAGAAUGUCUAGAUCAAUUGGUUCUCAGAUGGAAAGCCACCCUACCCUCGAGGGGAUGAAGCAAUUGAUUACACUCAGCUAUGACUACCUACCUCAUCAUCUCAAGGCUUCCAUGAUGUAUCUGAGCAUUUUCCCGGAGGAUUAUGUGAUUGCAAAGGAUAGGCUGCUAUAUAGAUGGAUUGCAGAAGGUUUGGUCACUGAGAAGCGGGGGUUGACUUUGUUGGAGGUUGCUGAAGAAUACUUGAACGAGCUGAUAAGUAGGAAUAUGAUUCAGCUAGACAAGUUCGUGUUCAGGGAAUGGGGAUAUGUCUCUAGAGAAGUGGAGGUAGUGGGGUGUCGGGUGCAUGACAUGAUCCUUGAAGUCAUGGUGUCCAAAUCCCAGGAGUAUAACUUUGUUAGCUUGGUAGGGCAGCAAUACGGAAGAAUACCACAUGAAUAUGGUAAGGUUCGCCGCCUCUCCAUCCAUGAUAACGACCAUGGCAAGCAGGGGGCCAAGAAAGUUGAGAAGCAUCAUGCGAGGCAUGGCACUGAGGCAAUGAAGCUAAAACAUGUCCGGUCACUGACCACAUUUCAGCAAGAUGGCCUCGGCAAGCUACUUGAUCGUCUAGGCGAGUUCAGAUUGUUGAGGGUGCUUGAUCAAACGCAGGGAACCGCCUGUUCAGAGGUCCGCCCUCGACGCACCAGUUGUCAAAGCCAGAAGGCUAUCCGAGCUCCGUCCCCAGGUGUGACGCACAGGAUAGGUCGCGGUAGAGGGGGAGCAGCAUCGCAAGCGUUCUCCAGAUGGCCAACGUAG